CUAUAGACGGAGGAGGUAGAAGGAGUAGAGGCAUGCUCUGCCAUGUUCUGAGGUUGGGUUGUACUUCUCUGCUCGGUUCCUCAGGGCCUUCCUCCUCGAUUCUCGGCAGCUGCCCAAGACGGCACAAGGCCUCUCGCUUCCUCAGGUCGUUGCAGCAAUCUCCGGGAGGCGCGAGUGAUAAGUCAUCGUCGACCGACGGGGAGGAGAUGCAGGGUCAGCAGGAGCAGCAGCCGGAAAAGCUCGGGGAUAUAAUGGCCGAAUCGUUCGGGGAAGCAUAUGCGACUCGUUCAGAGGAGGAAGGGUUCGGAGGCAUAUAUGGCGAAUCUCAGACUUUUGUUAGAAAAGAGAGAGUUGCGGUUUCUAAGGUUGUUCAGGAGGGUCAACCAGACUAUGAUGACACCCAAGGAAGCACGGUGAAAGAGACGGAGAAGGGAAGGAACUCCACGGAAGAAAGUGCUUCUACAUAGACGUAUUCACAUGCUACUUUAUUACCCUGUUUCAUGCUUGUGUGUGUGUGCACUUCCUACGUACAUAUGAGAGUUGAAACUGAAGCUUUGUAAGCCUUAAUUUGCUCGUUUAUGGUAGUUGGACGUAUACUGUAAGAUCAAAGGCAGCUCAAAGAGAGACACAAGAAAG